AUGAAGGACUGGAGGCGCUCGCCUGAGCCCCCUGGGAUGAUGGGCGUCAAAGAUGCCACCUACGCCGUCCAAGGUAACUGGGGCCAGCCUGAAGAGCUUUCUACAAACGAUUUUGAUCCCGCGUCUCCGCUGCCACAUACGACACCUACGCUCUUUGUCACCGACUCCCGUACCCGCCAUCCGCAAGCUCACACAACCUCCACCCAGAGCCUCUACUCGAUGUGCCUGCGCGUGAUCCUGCGCAACAUCGCCAGCGUGCAAGACCUCGGCGUGCUGCCCUACCGCCACGCCAAGCCAAUCCUGGAAGAAUGCCGGAUCGACCAGCUCAUCGCGCUCGAAGAAGCCUCGCCACACCUGCUCGAACACUCGGACGAGAUCUGGAAGCGCAACUGCCUGCGCGAUUUUCUCGACCUCCGCCGCAAGUACUCUAGCCCCGCUGAGGGGGUCAAGGAACCCAAGAGCUGGCGCCGGCUGUACUUCCGCACCAAGGGCGAGACCGAGCAGGCCAAGACCGACGCUGCCAAGCGCAUCAAGGACAAGUACGAGCAGCACCGUGCGGAGAAGGAAGCCAAGAAGCUCGUGGUACGCGAUCGACCGAUGCUGGCGAAAGCUGCGAGAGCAGGCGGGCGCAAGUUCGGGGUCGCGGUGGGAGGGGUCAGCAAAGGUCAGAGUCUGCUGAACAAGGCGAGAUUGGGGAGUGCGGCACAAGCCAAACUGACCGCCCCGCGCAAUACCGGAUUCAGGACGCAGGGGAGAAGCAAGGCGGUUGGGGCGGAGAUCGCUCCUGAGGCAGCGGGGGUGGGUGUAACGCAGAAGGUGAGGCCGAUGGUAGCUCCGCGGGCAGUGUUGGGAAGGUCGAGCGAAGGGCUGGCCAAGAUGAAGGAGUUUUCGAGGCCGUUAUCUGGCAGCGAGGGUGCUGCGACACAACCAUCGAGCGCGCGCAAAAUAGUACAGCGGCAAGACAGCGAUGGGAUGACACCCGCAAGACAAGCUGCGGACGUCGAGUCGCUGGCAGUACCGCGCUUGAAACCGCACGAAGUGGCAGCUGCUCCUGCACUCUCGUCUGCCUCUCGAGAUCGAGCCAGAACCACGACACUGACAGCAGACAAGCCGGCCAGAAGAGACCCAGCAUCUCCGGCACCUGACGUGGCCCGCACCGAACGGCGCAAACUCGACUUUUUCGGCGGUGCCGCUGUCAGGUCUUCGCCGUCCUCCUCAUCCAACCCAGUUGCCACUAGCAGCAGCAGUAGCAGCAGUCCGCGCGGUGCAUCUUCGCCUCUGUCGCCCGGAGUGGAAGUGCGGGGCAUGAAACGUGCGCCUAGUUACAGUCUCACGGCAGACACAUUGUCGGCGAAGGCGAGUGGUUCGAAAGCAGUGCAGUCCCCGCCGGCGAAAUCGGCUUCGCCAUUCUUUCCAAGUCGCACAGCAGCAGGAGAAAGUGGUGGUAUUGGUGGUGUUCGAGUGGUCCAGGCCAAACGGGCACGGAUGCAGGAGCGAUCGAUUGAUGCAAGUUCUUCGCCGUACAACAGUCCGCCCCCCGCAGUAGCCACGCCCUCGAACGGCAGGGAUAAGGAGGAAAGCGAAAAGAGACCGGUGUCUACGCCUGUAAGAUGGCAAAGCAGCACCGCAAGCAUCUCACGACCAUCGCCAGUCAAAGACACGAGGAUGGCGAGAGCAUCGCCUGCUGCGCUCUCGUCCAUCUUCAUGCCCUCGUCUUCGUCGUCUUCUCCCGCUGCGGCAUAUCGGAACGGUGCCAGCAACAGCAGCGGUAGAAAUGGUUCUGGUGGGUCGUGA